AUGGAACUAUCAUACUCUACCGUCUCGAGUGUUCUCGACUCUUGGGAAAAGCUUCGUGCGCAUUCGGACUUUGAGGAGACUGUCGGAAUUCAACUCUUUCAAAACUUUCUUACGCUUCAGCCAAAUGCCAAACUAGCCUUGGGUCUGCCCAAAGACUUGGACAUUACCAGCCGUGCCACCAUGGAAGAAAACAAGCGAUUUGCCAAAAAGGCGUCGUAUUUUGUAAAGUUCUUUCUGCUCAUGAUUGGCAAGGUGGUCGAUAUGCUGGGACCGGACAUGGAUACUGUGGAAGAUAUUCUGCUGGAUUUGGGACAACGGCAUGUGCGUUAUGGUGUUCAGCCCGAAUUUUAUGUAUCUUUGGGACAAGCCUUGAUGACCACCCUGGAGGCAAAUCUCAAACCGGCAGACUUUAACGCACCAGUCAAGGCAGCUUGGGUCCAAGUUUAUGCCGCCAUCUCGCAUUCCAUGAUUAUGGGACACAAUCAGCUGCUCAAGGAGACGCAGCAAAAGUGA